GAAAGGAUUGGCCCGGAAGUCGUUAAUGGGAGAGCAUGUGUGACCCCUGGAGUUUUAUGUUUGUAACGGGGAUGUGAACCUAUUAGCAAAAGUCAAAAUGAUGAACACUGUGGGAAUAGCCUGUAGAGAAUGGAAACACGGUCUGAGCAAAUUCGGACAGCGGAUAAACUGUCCCCGGUGUCCGGAGUUAGCACCGUCCCUCAGCCGCGUCCGGUCCACCGCUGUUAAAGCUGCAGACACCGGAGAGAAACCUCGUCUCAGAGCUGUCGACCUGGCGCAGAAGGUGCAGCAGGAGAAGUUAAAGUCUGGAGAGAAACCUCGUCUCAGAGCUGUCGACCUGGCGCAGAAGGUGCAGCAGGAGAAGGGAAAGCGUCCCGCAGCGGAGGCAGACCCUCCGGUGUCCGGUCAGCAGAGAAGAGUGACGGAGCUGAAACGGUUCAGUCUGCAGCUACAAAACGUUCAUCCCAACGUGCUGGCCAAACACCUCCACAAAAGCGUGCUGUACCAGGAUAAAGAUUUGGUUAUUAUCAACAAACCCUAUGGUGUUCCUGUCAGAGAGGACUCUGGGGUUACCUCCAUUUCUUCAGUGCUUCCUGUUCUCUCGAAGAUGAUGGAUGGGAUGAAGAUAAAUUCAGAUUUUCAGCUGCUGCCUUGUCUGGGAUUGGAGAAAGAAACAUCAGGAGCUCUCCUGCUGGCCAGGAGGGAGGAAGUCGUGGAGCACAUACUGAAUCUUAACAGAAAUAACCAAGUUCAGAUAAAGUACUGGGUCAUCACAGUCGGUGUUCCUGUGCCGUCUGAAGGAGUGAUUGACAUCCCUGUCAUAGAGCGAGAGGUCACAGGCUCUCAGCCACACUACAAGAUGGCUUUAAGUCCUCUUUUCAGAAUGAAUGAUGCAGGUGAUGGUGUGACCAAAGUCCGGGCCAAUCGGCAAGCUCACUCUGCGGUGACCAAGUACAGAGUAAUCGACAGCAGCAAUGGUUGCAGCCUUGUGGAGCUUCAGCCUUAUACCAGAGUGAAGCACCAGACAAGGGUUCACAUGGCAUACGCUCUGACAUGCCCAAUUCUUGGUGACCACAAAUAUUCCCACUGGAGCAAACUGGCACCCCAGAAAUUACCUGAGCGUGUGCUGGGAAAGCUUGGAUUGCAACAGAGCAAGAUCCGGUACCUUCCUCUCCAUUUGCUCGCCCGGCAGCUGACACUGCAAGGAACAAACCAAGCCGAGAUCCAAGUGUCCUGUCCCCUGCCCAAAUACUUCAUACAAACGUUAAACAGACUGCAGUUGACACUUCCUGAUAAAAAAGACUGAAUAACCACCUAUUCACCUUUUUUUUUUUUUUUGUUCAAGUCUUUGCACUCCAACUGAUUUCUUCAUGUUUAUAGGCAUUAGUGAUGAAAGUCUUUUCGAGGGUUUCUUGUGUGUUUUGGUAUUUAAUGUUAUGUAAGAUUAUCAAACAGAAAACGGUAUAGAAAUGACUUUACAGUGCUAACAUUAUUAAUUUAAGUAAUAAAAAAAGAUAAAGAUUUGUAAGAACAA